CAGUAUGGCUGUGGACAGAGAAGUAUGAGAUGUGUUACUUGUAAACCAAUCUAAUCUAACAAACAGUGCCCGCCGUUUUCUAUUUUUGUUGUCUUUAAGCGUCAGUGUAAAAACCACCACUUCAUCGCUUUGACGGAAGACGCAGCCCUGGUGUCACGAUGAGCAACAUUUACAUCCAGGAGCCUCCAACAAAUGGAAAGGUCCUGUUGAAGACCUCAGCAGGUGAUAUUGACAUUGAGUUGUGGUCCAAGGAGGCUCCUAAAGCAUGCAGGAACUUUGUGCAACUGUGCAUGGAAGGUUAUUAUGAAGGCACAAUAUUCCACAGAGUGGUGCCUGACUUCAUUAUUCAAGGUGGAGAUCCCACCGGUACAGGGACAGGUGGAGAGUCCAUCUAUGGCCGGCCAUUCAAGGAUGAAUUUCACUCCAGAUUGCGCUUCAAUCGAAGAGGUUUGGUUGCCAUGGCAAAUGCAGGGCCACACGAUAAUGGCAGUCAGUUUUUCUUCACCUUGGGACGUGCAGAUGAGCUCAACAAUAAACACACCAUAUUCGGCAAGAUCACAGGAGACACAGUUUAUAAUAUGCUCAGAUUAGCAGAAGUGGAAUGUGACAGUGAGGAAAGACCUCUGAAUCCCCACAAAAUAAGAACCACUGAGGUGCUUCACUCUCCUUUUGAUGACAUUGUACCUCGUGAAACAAAGAAAGCCAAAAAGGAAAAAGACAAAGAGGAGGGAAAGAAAUCACAGUCAAAAGCCACAAAGAACUUCAGUCUGUUGUCAUUUGGAGAAGAAGCUGAAGAGGAAGAAGAGAUGGUGAAUCAAGUCAGUCAGACAUUAAAGGGAAAAAGCAAAAGCAGCCACGACCUUCUCAAAGAUGAUCCGAGGCUGAGCUCUGUUCCAGCAGUUAAUAAGAAAAAAAAGAAAGCGGCAUCUGGAGAUGCAGCCGAGACAGACGACGACGAGGCCGAUGGUGAUGCUGAAGGCGACAUGGAUGCGGACGAAGAAUACGACUCAGAUGAGAAAGAGAGGAUGAGAGAGCUCAUCAGUAAGAAGCUGAAGAAAGACAGAGGCACAGAGAAAGAGACGGAGCCCAGCGAGGAAGAGCGAGGGAAAAAGACCAGCCGCAGUGAUGAAUUACGGAAAGAGGCACGGCAGCUGAAGAAGGAACUCCAGGCCAUAAAGCAAAGGAAAGAAGAAAGUACAAAACCUGCUGUAGAUGAAGUCAAGGAAGCGGAUAAAAAGCCGACCAGCGAGGCGGUGGCUGAGUACCUGGAGGGGAGAAAGAAGUACGAAGAGCUCAGGAAACAAAAACUGAAGAAAGGCUCGAGCAGAGAAGAACAGACACUGGCCCUCCUCAAUAGCUUCAAGUCCAAGCUGUCGUCGGCCAUCACCGAGGCUCCGGAGGACGACGUGGAGGAGCUGGCAGAGGAUGACGACAAAGGAUGGAUGGGCCAUGUUCUGCAGUUUGAUGAGCAAACCAGAAAAGUCAAGGAUGCCAACAUGCAGGACGAGGACACUUUCGAGAUCUACGACCCGCGCAACCCCGUCAAUAAACGAAGGAGAGAGGAGAGCAAGAAGAUCAUGAGGGAGAAGAAGGCCAAGAGGUGAGGUCACGAGGUCGAAGGUCAGGUCCUGCCCGAGCCACGUGAUUGAAGAACUGGUCAUACAGCAUCUCGCACGUCCGCUUCUCCACCACUUCAAACCCCGCUUUUGUUGAACAGUCCCCUGGCUCGAACAUCUGGAUUGAGGAUACUGACCUGAGCGCAAACCAUCCCUGUAAUCUGUGAUGGAAAGGCUUCUUCAGCUGGAACAGCUGCACCCAGACGACGCUCAGCUACUCAUCAGGGUUCAGACCGUGGUCGCAGUAAUGGUUAAGGUCGCGAUUUGAUGAUGUGUCAUGUUAACUUUUUUAUGCUACUUGUUUACGCUGUUCUUUUUCUGUUUUUGUUGUCUACAGCUUAAAUGUGAGACUUAGACUU